AUGAAGAUGUUUAGGUUCUUUUUGGGAGUGACGAGGAUAGAUAGGAUCAGGAAUGAGUACAUCAGAGGCUGGCACAUCUCCUCAUGCCUUCUCCAUCAGUACCACUAUGUUGCUGAUCCAAAGACUUGGACUGAAGCUCAGGCCUACUGCAGAGAGAAAUACACAGACCUGGCCACCAUUCACAACACUGAACAAAUGAACCAACUUGCCGACACAGUUUCAUCUUCUGGCCACAACUCUGACGUCUGGAUUGGUCUGUACAGUGUAGUUGACUGGAGGUGGUCAGACGGCUACAAUGGGAGUGGAGCGGAAUAUAGGAACUGGCAAAACUGUAUUGACAACGAACCAGACUUUAGCUCAUUCCAUCAAUUCUGUGUGAACAUUGGAAGCGCUGGAGGGUGGUGGGAUGAUUCCUGCUCAAUAUCCUACCCAUUUAUCUGUUACAGAGGAACACAGCUGGAGCCUCAGUUUGUUUUAGUCCUGAAUGGAAAGAAUUGGUCCGAUGCUCAGAGGCACUGCAGGGAGAACUACAUAGAUCUGGCCACUGUGAGGAGCGGCACUGAGAACCAGGAGAUCCACAGCUCGAUGCAGAGUGAAAACUGGGUGUGGAUUGGUUUGUCCAGAGAUCCCAACAUGUACUGGUCAGAUGGGAGUGGCUACACAUAUAGCUUCUUGUCCACAGGUUCAAUCGACAUUAGCUCAACGAGAGUCAUAUGUGGUACAGCUCAGCAGAAAUCAGGAAAGCUGAGGCACUGUGAAUCUAGAUUUCCAUUUGUCUGCUACAGCGUCCCUCCACCUCGUGAGUGGUUUACUGUCCUUCAGUGGAAGAGAGAGCAUUACAUUAGAAUAAGUGGUACACUGUACUCAGAUAUGCAUGGUGGAUGAGUUUGGUGUCACAAAGAUAAUUCCAAACACGUUUUUUUUCCUCUGUGUCCAAGCACCAGUAAUGAGACAGGCGGUAAAGCUGAGGAUCGAGCCAGACGACCCCUCUGUGGAUCUGAAUGACCCUGCUGUGAAAGCAAACAUCCUAAAAACGCUCCAGGACAGGCUGAAGGAGAA